AUGGCCGACGUGGAAAAGACCCCGGUCCAGGUGAUUGAACCGACCGCCGAUACUCUUUCGAAGCCUUCUAGAACCCUCCUUAGCCGUCUCAAAGGCAGUGCAAAUGACCCCGAUGUCCUUGGAAAAGAGCUCUUGCAGAAGGCUCUUGAGUUUGACGAAGCUCAACUUGAACGAGAUGCUCUCAAAGUCCGCAGGAAGCUUGACUGGAUGGUCAUCCCAAUGAUGAUGACAACCUAUAUGCUAAGCUUUCUCGACAAACAGACCCUCAACUAUUCCAACGCAUACGGUCUUCAAGCAGACACUCAUAUGAAGGGAGAUGACUAUUCAUGGGUUGCAUCGGCACUAUAUUUCGGUCAAAUGACCGGCUCAUACCCCUCGAACGUCUUUCUCCAACGCUUCCCCAUUGGCCGGACGAUUGGAUAUAUGCUUUUCGUCUGGGGUUCUAUCUGCAUGCUGCAAGCAGCUGUUUUCAACUUCUCCGGCUUCUUUGCCAUUCGCUUCGUCUUGGGAAUGGUCGAGGCUUGUAUAUCUCCUGCUUUCGUGCACCUCACCUCUAUGCUAUGGACGAGGGAGGAACAGGCGCUUCGAACCUCGUUCUGGCUGUCGACAAACGGAGUUUCUUCGAUUCUUGGUGCCUUGCUUGCGUAUGGAAGCGGCCAUGCAGCACACCUCGCUGUCGAAAAUUGGAAGUUGAUUUAUUUGAUUGUCGGGGCUAUGACAUUCCUCUGGGGCUUCGUUAUCGUGGUCUACCUACCCGACGGACCACACAACGCCAGAAUGCUGACGGAACAUGAACGUAUGGUUGCUGUCUGGCGUGUAUCGAAGAAUCAGAUGGGAAUCAAACAUCACAAGAUUGUUGUCGGCCACCUCAAGGAGGCAGUGCUCGAUCCAAAGACCUACCUUGUCAUACUGAUGGGCACAUGCACGGGCCUCCUAAAUGGGGCCGUGGCCAACUUUUUCUCAGCCCUCAUCAAGGGCUUUGGGUUCGAUGCACUUCAUACCACUGUGCUUCAGACGCCUGGUGGUGCCUUUGAAAUCAUUGGAUGUAUGGGAUUCGGUUGGGUGGCAACCAGGAAGAACCUUUUGGGUAUCACGGUUAUCCUCUCAUGCCUACCGGGGAUCGCGGGCUUGAUUGGUCUCUUGACCAUUAACAUCAAACAUCGGUACUCGUUGGUGGCUUGUUGCUGGCUACAAAACGUCCUGGGAGCACCUAUUAUCUUGGGAUGGACUUUACCGGGUGUGAAUGUGGCAGGGCACACCAAGAGAACUGCAGUUGUCGGAGUCUUCUUCGUAUUCUAUUGCGCCGGAAACAUCGCAGGCCCGCACCUGUUCUUGCCUUCUGAGGAACCGCGAUAUUUCACCGCCAUCAAAGGACUACUGGGCACCUACUGCGCGCUCUGCUUCCUACAAGUCAUCUAUACAAGCCUGUGUUACUUUGAGAACCGGUCGCGCGACGCAAAGGGUCUUCACGCAGAAAGGCAGCAGGAAGAACUGCUCGAAGGCUUCGAUGAUCUCACGGACAAACAGAAUUUGCAUUUCCGAUAUAAGAUUUGA